AUGAAAGAAAAUGGCUGCACGAGGGAGUUCAUCCAGGCAGCGUUGAUGCGAAGAAGAUUAGAAAGGCUGGCUUCCAUGGAGGAUAGCACUGCGUCCCCGACCCGCGAACGGUGGGUAUGUCCUCGCUGUGGUGAGGACAACAAGCCCGAACGGCAGCAUUGCAACAACUGCGGUGCACCAGCUCCGUGGGUGUCUGCAACAACUAAGGUGCCAUCCCAAUGCGAGGACACAGAGGAUGGAUUUCGUGGCGACACACUCUGUGUCAAAGGCUUGAGAGACAACCUGCGAAAGAUCGCCGCUGACCUGGAGCCAGCACCAACAGCUCCGUGCGCACAGGCGACCACUUCUUGGCUGCCGAGCGUGCUCGAAGGUGAGAACCUCACGAUCUUCCAGGAGGGGGAGCUUCGGCUUCGAGUCUUGCCUGCGGCCGUCAGCAGGAAGCCCUUCUCUUACAAGCUCACCGCAGGAUCGACAGGAGCACGCCUGAAGGUAAGAGGUGCCAGCGUUGUCAUUGAGGGAAAUGGGAAGAGUGCGCUCCACACAUCCAUACCGCUGACUCCCGGUCAGAGGGUUCUGCGGAGCCAUGCUCGAGGACCCACGCACUUGGCACGGCAGCCCAACAUCUACGUGCUUGUUCUGGACUCCGUGAAGAUGGCAGGAUGCGCUCCGUUGCAUGCCGUUGGCCCAAGCGUAGGGCCCAAUAUAGCUGUUUCCCUCGCCGGCGAAGCCGGCGGAGGGAGGGGCGGAGAUGCCAAGUUCACAGGCCGGGCACGUGGUCGGGGGUCGCGCAGCGCAGCUCGAACGCCGAUGAAGUCAGCCAGUGCUCCGCAGCUGGAAGGAACCCUAAGUGCCAGCAUCCGAAAAACUCUGCGAAACCGUGGAGAGAAUGACUUCGGCAUGGUCUUAGGUCAUAAUCCCAGUGCCGCGGAUGACGUGUAUGUUCCGAGGGCCAUGUGGUCGGACACAGCUGACAAUCCUCUGAAACAGGCUGGCAACAACUGGGAUGCCAGGGCCUUUGUGGAAGAGGAGAAGAAGAGAGAGCAGCACAGAUUGUCCAUGAAAGAGUAUUAUCGACGAGAGCUGGACAAACAGCUGGAAGAGAACAAAGCUUUCAGGCAAGCCAAGAACAGCGAAUUUGAGGAUAUGGCUAAGACCGUCACUGCAGAUUCUUUUAACAAGCAGCGGCGGACUCAGAUGGAGAAGGACAACGAGCACGAGAAGCGCAUGGCUAUGCGCAAGGGCCUGGACGAGCAGAUGGCCUUGAUUGAAGAGCGGGCCAAAGAAGCGCGACUCCAGGAUCUCAUGGAGGGGGCUGAGAUCAAGGCACGGAGCAUCCAGCUCCUGUGCGAAGACCUCGAUGCCCAGAAGAAGAGACGAGAGGAGCUCAAGAAGCAUGGAAACGAAACGCUUGAAGCUAUUGCGCGCAGAGCGACGAAUAACAGCAACGAGAAGCAGAUGGAGAAGGAUGAGCUAAAUGCGCGAAUGCGCGAGCAGCUGCUUCAGGAGCAGUACCGACUCGCAGCUCAGCAGGAGAGGCUGAAGGCCGCACAGCGCACCGCCGAUGCCAAGGAGGCACGCUACUUCGCAACGGCCGGCCGUGACUUGGAGGAACGGUAUCAACAUGAGAGCAUGCGGCAAGAUCGCGACGAGAAGCAGCACAAUCUGCGAUUACAGCUGCACUAUGCAAGGCGAGAGGCAGCGCGGAAGAAGCAACAGGAGAAGGUGCUGCAGGGCAUGCGCAUGCAGCAGGGUGCCGCAGACAACUCCCGAGAGCUGGAUCGCAUGGGGAAGGAACGCGAGCGCGACGCAGUGAAUGAUGCCGUCCGACGUGCGGGGGAGGCUGAAGGGGCGAAGCUGCGGCGUCAGCGGGAGGCCGAACUUGCUCUGCAAGCCGAGCAUGCAAAGAUGAUGCUCCAAAAGCAGCAACGCGAAAAGGCGGAAGCAGACUGGCCUCGACCACGGAUCACCCCUGGCUGCUCCAUGGCCAUUGACCAAUCCUUCGUGGACAUGACGGCAGCGCGUGCCAAGGGAGCCACGGUUCCAAAGUCAUACAAGCCCAUGCACCAGGUGGAUGCAGCAAAAGACCUCAGCAAGCCGCUUGGGGCUCCCCGCGUCAAACCCUGGGUGGACCUCGCCAAGAGCUACGGCCCUGGAGGCGUCAACGGUGUCUUCAUGGGGGAUGGUCGUACGAAGCAGAGCCUGAUGGCAACCGGCGGAUGCCGACGCAUUUUGACGGAGGCCACGGCUCGCAAGACCUGGUCCGAAGGAAUCGGGGCGGAGGACAUGAAGGCCGGUGAGCAGGCAGCGCUGCAACGCCACCAUGCCAAUCUGCUGGACAAGACCGUUGCCGUUCUUUCCGGCCUCCGGAAUUCUGCCUGGCCCUUCACAGACCCCGAGCAGGAGCAGGGAAGCCUAGUGGCAGCCGUGGUCGUGGCAAUCGAUGUAAUGUCAAGGACAGACGGCGAUGUCCAAAGGCUAUUGGCGCCAGACCGGGGUUUGUUACGGAAUCAGGUAAAGUCGGGCGCACCGACCGCAUCGGAGGUUUUCGACUACGAGACAUUGGAGUCUGGAAGCUUCAAACAUGAACAUACCUUCCAGGACUGGACGAGCCUGGAGUCCAUUGCAGCCAGUGCCAACAUGGAUGCAUCAUUCUCUAAUCCCGAGUUCUGCGGACUUGCUCACGAACUGCUGACGUAUGAUGGCUUGAUUGUACUUCGAUUGGAAACUGUGAAGCGCUUCGCCAAGCAAGGCAGUGAUGGCUUUCAGGCGAUGCUGGAUCUUGUUUUCCCGUCUGGUACCACGCUCAUCCUCCCGCUGCCGGACAACCAUGUAAAGCGCAGCAAUUCCCGAAUCUCAACUUUUCAUUUGGACGAGGUUCCCGGGAAGAGCUUGAGCGAGGCGAAACAUUUGCUGGUCAAUGUGUGGUUCCCAUGCCCAACUUGCGACCUCGGCUCCAAGCGCCUCGCGCUGGGAAGAGGACGCGCCUUCCGUGACAUCGCCAGAGCGGAGAAGCUGAAAGUCUACGGACCCGGUCCUCGAAUCCCGCGAUCGCAGCCAACGGUGAAUUACUGCCUGUCGCCGGAAGGUACUGAGAAGCUUGCUUUGUCCGGAGAUUUGGCGUUCACGCCGGAGCAGUCUUUGGCUGUGUUCAUAUCUGGCACCACCAGCAAUCUGCCCGUACCGAUUUGUCCACAUGCUGGAGCUUUACCUGGUUCCAGCCAAGAGUUCCGGUAUCACGUCUACGCCAGGUCAAUCCACACAUUGGAGGAGCUCUUGCCGUUGACUUUGCAAGCCUUGCGUCGCUCCGGCCCUGGCUAUGUUGGCGGCGCAGCAGGUUGGUUUCACAGCAUCCAAUGGGGCAGCACGGUCCAAAAUCUCUACCCCAUGCUUGGGGGCCUCGAACUUGAGGGGGAUAACUCGCACAACCUUCUCCGCACACUGAAGCGAAGUGGCUACCGAGUUGGAGUGUUCUGCGAGUUCAGGGAUUACUUCUGCGGGGAGCAGGAGGAUUUGGGGCUGGCGGAUGACGUUUUCCCGCUGACACGGCGGGACACAUGGCGUGAGACCUGGGUCGAGAGUCUCUGCUUGGCGAAAGUUUGCGGCACAGAACUGAAACUUGAGCCUUUGCUCGCCAUGGCAGCUGCGGGGCGACGGUGGCACAGGCGGCCAUGGUCGAUGGCCGCUGCGAUGAUUUGCGCGUUGGGUCUGGGCUUGGCUGCCGCAUUUGUUGGCCCAGCCUCCGCAGCCAAAGAUGCUGCAACUGCAAGCCUACGGAGGCCAAGCUCAUGGCAAUUAGGGGCCGAGGGCCGCAGCAGUUCUGGACCUGGCCUAGCCUUGUCUGUCCUGAUCGCUGGGGCAGGUCCUUCAGGGCUGCUGCUGGCGCACCGCUUGCUCUCGGCCGGGGCAUCGGUGCGUCUCGUCGAAGGCCGACGCGAUCCGCGGACGGACAAGUCGCUUCAGGGCCGCGCCUAUGCACUGGGCCUGGGCAUCCGGGGGCACACAGCCAUAAGGACAGCUGGAGAGCAACUCUGGGCAUCCAUCAAGCCAAAUGGCUUUGCCAGCGAGCGGUUCAAGCUCCACCUUUCUCCCAGCUUCGCCAUCGACCUUCGCACCCCAGAAGACAACAGUGGGCUGGAGCCCAGCCUUCUGAUCUACCAGUCUGAUCUUUGCUCCGCAAUGUUGGAUGACUUGGAACGUUCUUUCACAGGAACUGGGAGGCUGCAGAUUUCCUUCGACACUCGCUUGAAGUCUGCGGACCCUAUUGCAGGUUCGGCAGUGCUCCAGUCGGGUGACAAGUUGGAGGAGCUGGCCCCAGUGGACGUGAUCGCUGGCUGCGACGGCGUGAAUUCUGCAGUCCGAGCCAGCAUCGCCGGCACGUGUACCGGCUUCAAGGUUGAGCAGACGCAGUUGCCGGGUAGCCUGAAGGUUCUGCGAUUUCCGCAGAUGCCUGAGAAAUUGGAUCCGACCGCCGUCCACGCCAUACCGGGCAAGGGCGGGACCUCUGCAUUCGUGGAACCCACAGCUCGUGGCGGCUGCGCCCUCAUCAACUGGAGGGAACCAGGGAAGGAUGGGAAGACAGAGCCGGGCCUCGGAGACCUAGCAGAUGCUGCCCAGGCACGGGAAGUGUUGGCGGCGUCCUUUCCACUCAUCGCGGAUGCAAUGGAUGAGGAGUCCGCCAAGCAGUUCGUGUCGCAAAAGGCUUCUCGUGCUUCCACCGUGAAGUGCAAUACAUACUCCUUUGGGAGAGCUGUGCUCUUGGGUGAUGCGGCCCACUCCACGGGGGGUGCCAGUGGGCAGGGCUGCAACUCUGCACUGCAGGAUGCAGUGGUCUUGGCUGAGAUUCUGCAGAAGGAAGUUGCAGAUGCCGGGCACGAUGUGCCUGAGGCUUUGGCCCUGUACUCGAAAAAACAGGUGCCGGAAGGUCACGCCUUGCUGGACCUGUCGCUGGGACCUGGCGAUUCUGCCGGGCCUUUGAGACGAGCACUUUAUGGGGCCGCUUCGUUCGCGGGGACACUUUUGAGCAAGCUGGGGCUGGCAGAGCCGCCGCUUCAGACACUGCUGACGACCUGUCUGACCUCCUUCGCAGAAAUUCGACGAGACCGAGACCUGUACUUCGGAGAUUUUCCGAGCCAGGAGGAGUUUGAUCGUGAGAUUGAGAAGAACACGGCCUGA